AUGGACCUAGACCUUAUUUUACGAGUCGAUCAACAUGCUGCACUCACUGAUAAGAGUACCUCUGAUGAUAAGAGAGAGAUGGAAAAGUGGGAACGACCGAACUGUAUAAGUCUGAUAGUUAUGAAGCGUGCUAUUCCAAAAGCUUUUCGGAGCACUAUGUCCGAUAAGGUUACUAUGGCUAUGGGUUUCCUUGAGGAUCUAAAGAAAAGCCGCAAGAAAUCCCUUACGGAAGCACGCUUGGGCGAGCAGGGUACUAAUCCUACAUUGCAGGACAUGGAAUCUUCUACUGAUGCUGAGUUGGCAGAAUCAUCUUCGGGGAUUGGUUUUUUGGCUGGGAAGGUUCUAGAGGACCGACGUGAAGGGUGA